CAUCACACAGAGAAUUCUCUUUUGAAAAACUAAAAAGUCUCAUUCAGACUCCUGAAUGGCUUUAAGAGGAGCAACGAGAGUAACUCAUUUUCUCUCACUGAAAACCUCCCACCAUUUUUAUCUAAUCACAAAUUCCAUACAUACAGAAAACAACUCUUUAAACCCACAGAACCCGAAGACAGAAUCAAAACCUGAUACCCAAUUUCCCAAUACCCACAAUUUAUCUGUAAACAGAAAUGAGAUUAUUAACAAACUCAUCACAGUGUUUACCAAGAAAUUUCAAAACAGUGAAGAAUUGAGGGCUUAUGGAGAUAGAUUAACAACUGAUAUAGUUGAAACCGUUUUAAAAAGUUUUAAAAAUUGGAAAUUUGCUUAUGAUUUCUUCUUAUGGGCAAAAGCACAAGAUAGGUAUAAACACAAUUGUUACACAUAUAAUACAAUGGCAUCAAUUCUCUCUGUAUCUAGACAAAAUGGGGUUCUGAAAACUUUAGUAUUUGAUAUGAUUAAUUCAAAGUGUUCAAUGAGUCCAGGUGCACUAGGGUUUUUGAUUAGGUGUUUAGGUAAUCAAGGAUUAGUGGAUGAAGCUCUAUAUAUUUUUGAUGAAGCUCAGAAAGUGGGUCUUACUGUAGGGAAUAGUUAUAGUUAUAAUUGUUUGUUGGAAGUUCUUGCUAAAUCAAAUAAAGUUGAAUUAGUUGAGAUGAAGUUAGAAGAAAUGAGAAAUUUAGGCUUGGGGUCUGAUAAAUUUACUUUAACUCCAGUUUUACUAGCUUAUUGUAAUUCAAGAAGAUUUGAAGAAGCUUUGAGUGUUUUUAAUCAAAUGAGGGAUAAUGGUUGGGUUGAUGAACAUGUAUUGACAAUUUUGGUUGUGUCUGUUAGUAAGUGGGGUGAGAUUGAUAAAGCAUUUGAAUUGAUUGAGAAGAUGGAAAUGUUGAAUAUAAGGUUGAAUGAAAAAACAGUGUGUUUGCUAGUUCAUGGAUUUGUAAAACAAUCCAGAAUUGAUAAAGCAGUACAGUUGUUCGAUAAAAUGCGUAAAUCAGGGUGUAUUUUAGACCUGAAACUUUAUAGUGUGUUAAUUGAUGGUCUAUGUAAGAAGAAAGAGCUUAACAAAGCUUUGGAUUUAUAUGUUGAGAUGAAGAGUACUGGUAUUCUUGCAGAUGUUGUAAUCGUUAAGAAUUUAAUUUCAGCCUAUUGUGUUGAAGGAGAUUUUGUUACUUCGGCUAAAUUAGUUGAGGAGAGUGUACAAGAGUUUGAGUUGGAUGCUGGGGUUUUGCUUUUCAAUGCUCUUUUAGAGGGGCUUGCUAAUCGUGGUAUGGUAAACAAAGCUUAUUCGUUGAUUCAGUUUAUGAUGGGAGUUGAAUGUGAGGGUGAAGCUGAUGCUGAUAGUAUGUUCAAGAUUACGAAAAAAGUAGUUCCAAGUGCUGAUUCUUUUAGAAUAGUUAUCGACUGUCUAUGCAGAAAUCAGAAAUUGGAUUUGGCUCUAAGACUCUUUGCUGACAUGGGUCAUUUGGGUUAUCAAGGAAACUUGUUGAUUUAUAAUAACUUAAUCAGUGAACUUUGUAAUUUGGAUAGAUUGGAAGAAGGAAUUGACCUUCUAAAAAAGAUGAAAGAAUCUGGUUUGAAACCCACACAUUUCACGCACAAUUGCAUAUUUGGGUGUUUAUGCAGAAGAGAAGAUGUAUCCGCGGCACUUGUUCUGGUGAGAGAGAUGCGAGCCUUUAGCCAUCAACCGUGGAUAAAACACUCCUCCAUGCUAGUAAAGAAACUUUGCAAAAAUGGGAAGUCUGUUGAAGCUUGCAAUUUUUUGAAUGGCAUGGUUCAAGAAGGUUUCCUACCUGAUAUUGUUGCAUAUUCUGCAGCCAUUGACGGGUUGUUCAAACUUCGUGAAGUUGAUAAAGCUAUGGAGCUAUUUCAAGAUAUUUCUUCACGUGGCUAUCAGCCUGAUCUUGUUGCCUAUAACAUAAUAUUAAGUGGGCUGUGUAAGUUUGGGAAAGUAUUAGAGGCAGAAGAAUUUCUUAACAAUAUGUUGAUGAAGGGUCUCUUACCGUCAGUUGUUACUUACAACAUAAUGAUUGAUGGAUUCUGCAAAAUUAAUGAGAUUGGUCAAGCCUUAAUAUUUCUUAAAAGAAUGAUUGAUGGAACAAUUGAACCCACAAUUGUUACCUACACGACUUUGAUAGAUGGGUUGUGCAGUACAGGAAAACACGACGAAGCUCUCGUGCUUUGGGAGGAAAUGGAGAAGAAGGGAUGUAUUCCAAACAGGAUUGCCUACAUGGCUCUUAUUAGUGGCUUGUGCAAAUGCAACAAAGCAGAUAUUGGUCUAGAUUAUUUUCAUGAGAUGGAAGAAAAGGAAAUGAAACCUGAUGUUUUCGUAUAUGUCUCACUAAUAAAUGGUUUUGCAUCUAAUGGUGAGUUUCUCUCAGUGUUUGAGAUUUUAAAAGAGAUGCUUCAAAAGGAAACCUUUCCUGGUAAAUCAGAUAAAUACUAUCCGAUUCUGAUAGAAGCAGUUCAAAAGUUGUCUGAAGAUGCCAGUACGUCUUCAGAAAUCAAGAAUCUCAUUAUAAAGGGUUGUUUCCAGAUAUCUAUACUAUUUCUGGAAGUGGUAAUACAAUAGAUGAAAGUUCAUAGGUAAACAGUGUGAUGAUUACUUCUCCAACUUGAUGAGAUCACGGGUCCAAUGCUAAGGUAUUUAUGACCUAAACCCAUAUGUGGAUGUAAAUCAUGGGUUCAAGAGAUUUACUUCAGUUGAUAUAUUUUUGAGCUAAGGCGGAUGGUUGUUGAGCAUUGCUUCAAUUGUCUGAUCCUUCUGCGUUGGAUAUGACUUCUAGUGCCACCAACAAACAAAAGAUGCUGGCGCCUGAGAGAAGGAACAACACGGACAUAUAAUGUCGACUGUGGCUCUGGCAACAGUCACCGGGUUCUUCAAUCUCUCCAGCGGCAAUAAAAGAUUUCCCUGGGUCUCCCUUUUGAAAAGUAUUCAUAUGACACAAUGCUGAAAUCUUAGACUAACCAACUGUUGACGAGUAGAGGUAGCUGUUCUAAAGAUUUUGAGUAUCAUCUUUAUUCAUGUCAGGUAAUUGAUUAGUCGGGCUCGGAAGCAAAUGAGACGCGUGUACUAUGUAAUGUAACUAAUGUUACUGGAUUAUUUUUCAUUUCUUCCUGAACUCCAUUGACCACUGGAGAGUUCUUAAACGGUUCAAAUAGUGCUAUUGAACAGGCCCUUAGGCCUAUU